ACAGCUGGCAUCAUAAUUAGCACCAGUGACUGUAAUCCAUGAGCAGCCAGGCACUUCCCUUUGGCAGUUGCUGGAGAAAGAAAAGCAGGAGGGGAGGUGGUUGAAGCCUGGAAACACCUAGCAGUCCUCGGGUUCGGACACUAGAGGAGAUGCGUUUGUCGGCAGAUGGAGAGUGGUGCUAUUAGAUGUCCCUGUCGCAGCAGGGGCACGUCAACCUAGCACCGUUUCCUCCGCGCGGCUCACCUGUCCCUCAGAGAAGAUAAAGGCGCCCCGAGAACAGGAGCAGCUCAGACACGGACACGGAGUUGAUUGACCCAGGUUUCUCUGGGCUGUAGCCCCAGCCUGUCCCCUCUUAACUGGGUGCCCCGGAGCCUGUCUGGCAUCUCUCUCUGCUGCACUCGAUCCACUGAAAGCUGUUGCCAAACGGCCCCUGCUGCUGGGCUAGUCCCUGGGCAGGGGUGGCUACAGCCCGUCUGCUCUACCUGGGCCCGCAGAAUGAUUUACCCAGGCACCGCCCUGCUUUCCCAAUGCCUCGGCCAGACCUUUGCCCUAGGCUGACAUCACCCGUGCAGGGCUGGGGAGAGGAGCCCAACUCCACACACCUGCCUCCGAGCUCCUUCCGACCCACUUAAAAAUGCUCUCCCUGGGCUCCUGGCUGCCCAGCCUGCCCAGCAUGGCCUGGGGCACUGUCCUGAUGGACUCCAUCCUGCAAGGGCUGGUCGGUGCCUGUGCAGUCUCCGUCCUGUGCAGCCUGGUGAAGAUCUACCUCUACAUCCAGUGCCUGAAUGACCCCGACAAGCAGAAGGAGAAGGAGACUAUCCGCUCCCAGUGGUCCCUGCUGGAUCACUUGCACCUCGUCCUGCUGACGGGCAUCUUCACCGUGGUGGGGUACCGCGUGGCCGCUCUGGUGGUGCUGGAGUUCUCCCUCCGGGCCGUGUCGAUGCUCCUGUCCCUGCGCAAGGGGGCACCCAGCAGCCAGCUCUUCCUGCUGUGCCAGUACUCCCUGGGCUGCGGCAUCUCCUGCAGCCUCUCCUACCUGCUGGAAGGGGCCCCGCACCGCACCUGGAACCUGGUCCUCAGCGUGGGGCUGGCUGGCCUGAUCGCCAGCUACGUCCGCAAGGCGGCGCGGCACGUCUGCAUCAUGUACGAGCUGCACAGCAAGGAGCGCUACUGCGGGGUCUGCAUCUCCCUGCUCACCUCCUGGCAUGGCAUCCCCCUCCUGCUCUGCAAUGCCCUCAAGGUCACCUUCGUGGUGGCCGACCUGGCCGCCGUGGCGCUUAUCAACAGGGACUUCCUCACCACCUCGGAGGCCAUUCGCUUCUGGACGCCGCUCACCAUCUGCUAUACCCUGCUGGUCAUCUACAUGCAAGAGGAGCAGAGGCAGAACCCCAGCGAGCAGACGGCCUACCAGACCGUGUUUGUGCGGAUGGGGGGCCUCCUCAUCCUCCUCAUGACCGUGGGCCGGUGGAUGGACAUCCUAAACGUUUUCGUCUCGCUGGUGGGGGAGAUGUGGUGCCUGGUGCACGCUGGGAUCAUGCUGGACAUCUGUCGGCAGCAGGACUUCUCUCCGAGGCUCUCGGGACCCAGCCCCAGAGAGCACCGGGCCAGGUCUGAGGCCCGUUCCCAAGAAGCGACGGCAUCCUGAGUCCGGGGGGCUGGAAUCAAGCGGCCCCAGAGACCAGGACUGAAGUGAGAACCAAGAUCAGUGUUUUUAGCUCCGGAAACUCCCAGCAGAAGCGUCUGGCCCGACGGGCAGCACCACGGGCCUGGCACGACUCGCUGAGGUCACUGCCUCCGGGAUGGACAGCUGCAACUGGGCUGUGUUGCGCUCAGCCCUGAGAGGUUUCCCUUCCCUUUGCCCUAAUCGCCGCCCCAGACCCCACACGUGGCCGGCCUGGGUCCAGGGAACCCCGAUGCCCCAAACUCCCUCCAGUGCCCCAUUGCCAACCACGGGGGCAAAGCUCUCCGGAGCAUCCCAGCAGUUUCCUUUUACCUCCCUCUACCCUGCACUGGGACUACUUUUGGGCAGGGGAGCUGGUCUCCCCCCCAGGAACGGCCUGGAUGGACUAUGGGAGUCUUCCAAGCCAGAGCAGGGAGCGACCCUGGGAUUUGGGUGGAAGGCCACGGAGACCCGCUGACCCCAGGCACCAGUGUCCAUUUUUCCUAGCCACGGUUGCUAUCCGCUCCCUGCGGAUGUCCCCGAGUGAAAACGGGAAUGAGCUUUUCUCCCUUCCUCUCCCCCCACAUGUGGUCCCCUUCAAGCCAGGAAUGAUUUCCCCUGGGGUAAGAGAGUUGCCCUGCCCUCCUCUUGUGCGGGGCCGGCGGGCAGACGGUGUUUAGGCUUCAGCACCUCACAUCUUUGUUGUUAAAACAUAAUUUAUUAAAAGAGCAAAACCUUCCUCCCAGCCAUAGUUGGGACAUCCCUGCGUGCCACAGAGCCCUGGAGGGGGACGGUGUUGGUCCAGGGGCUCUUGGGGGGAGAGGAGACGCGUGUGCCAUGAGCUCCAGACCUGUAUGGGAACUGCCCUGCUCCUCUGAGGCCAGGGCUGGUCCCAAACUUGAGCAGCCCCCGACAGACCCUGCUCCGAGGCACCUUCUGGCUGCAGGUCCUUUGCUCUUCCCUGGUGCAUGCAUCUCCCAGUGUGGACCUGUCUUGCAGACCUUUGCAACCGCAGCCGAAGAGCACAAAGCCUGUCUACAGAGGAGCUCUGUGGGAUUUUGUCUUGUCCGCGUUAUAAAUCUGUGCAAGAAUAAAGUGUUUGCCAUGUC